CUGACUUUGUGGCUAUGGAAGCUACUAGUGGAAAUCGUCUAUGACAGUCUCUGAAAUAAAAUUGUAUUCUGCUCCCACCCAAAACGGAAGUGAUUAUAGUCCAACCAUAGUUUUGUCUCGCGAGAACAUUCUACAGCUGUCAUAGUUCGUUCUAGGAAAGUAGUAUUGGCAGCAUCGAAGAGUAGGGUCCAAGAUGCAUAGAGCUGUCAACAAAACACAUUUCAAACAGUUGGUAAGUACACGAUAGACGCAUAUAAUUAUAUUAUAUUAACUAGCUAAGUAACUUGCUAUUCAUUCGCAAUGUGGCAAAUGCAAAUAAGCACAAAUAGUACAAUGUUGCUGGUGCCUGAUAGACACUUAAUGUUAGCAAGGAAGCUAGCAUGUUAGCUAGCAGUGCACAGUGCACGAAAACAGAACAAGGUUAAAAUGGCAUUGAUUUCCUUUGCUAUAUUCAUAAAAAUGAAAAAGUCGAUUGCCACAGUUUGAACAUCUGAUCAUAGUUGAUGGCACAGCUAGCGUCCUUAGCUAGCUGAAAAUAGCUAGCAGUUAUGCAACCUCGUAAACGAUCACUUAAGAAACUAAAAAAAUGGCCAUGCAAUGAUUUUAAAGACAUUGAAGCACCAUUUCAAUAAAGACAAUCAUUUAAUAUAUGCUAAAUCUAUUAAACCUGUAUUGUGCUGUGACGUUGGCUAGACUGCUGUGAAUGACCUCUACUCUAGAAACUGCCUUUCAGACACAGGUUCAGAUAGAGCAGCUGGUACUGACUGUCAUGUUUUAGCUUGGUGAUAGGAUUGAUACUCCCUGUCAAAGGUUGUAUAAGCCAAUGUUUAGCUCUGAUGUUAUGUCAUUGUUUACUGAAGGUUCUCACAGCUCCCUCCUCCCAUCAGGUGGUGUUAUAGCUCACACUUUCUGCUAUAACUUACCUCCAAUAAAUAACCCACUAGAUGUUGUUUUCCCCAAAAAGCUACACCUAAACAGAACCAGUAGUAUCCGGUAUGAACUCAAUAUUAAUGUUGCCUUGCUCUUUAUAGGACUACCCAAAAUGCUGUCGUAUUAUUAGUAGCUUUUAAGCAUGGGUGUUUAAGUUUGAUAGGCAUUAGAGCCAUGUUAUCAAGGUCGAUUCGUCCAUUAGGCAGGAUUAGGCGGCAGCCUGAAGAGGGAGGCAUUUUCCGAGCUAAACUGACCAAGACGCACCUCCAACAACACAUAACACCUCACAUAAUUCUGCCCAAAAACAAUGAAAACUUCUCUCACCCAGUGGCAUAUGGGCUAUUUAGGUGAGCGCUGAUGCCGCCGCAUGAUAAGCAUUGCCAACUUUGUCAGGGGCGCAAAAUAUUUAUCUUGUCCAUACCCAGCAUGCAUCUCCAGGGUGCUGUUGGAUAGACGCAGCGCUGCGGCUCUCCACCAACGCUCAAAUCAUCUAACAUAAAUCAUGUACACCCAUGACUGGGUGGCCAAACACGACUCCAACACCAUCAUUACGUUUGCUGACAACACAACAGUGGUAGGCCUGAUCACAGACAACGAUGAGACAGCCUAUAGGGAGGAGGUCAAAUACCUUGCCAGGACAACAACCUCUGCCUCAAUGUGAGCAAGACAAAGGAGCUGAUCGUGGACUACAGGAAAAGGCGGGCUGAACAGGCCCCCAUUAACAUCGACAGGGCUGUAGUGGAGCGGGUCGAGAGUUUCAAGUUCCUUGGUGUCCACAUAACAAACAAACUAUCAUGGUCCAAACACACCAAGACAGUCGUGAAGAGGGCACGACAACACCUUUUCCCCCUCAGGAGACUGAAAAGAUUUGGCAUGGGUCCCCAGAUCCUCAAAAGGUUCUACAGCUGCAUGAUCGAGAGCAUCCUGACCGGUUGCAUCACCGCCUGGUAUGGCAACUGCUCAGCAUCUGACCGUAAGGCGCUACAGAGGGUAGUGCGUACGGCCCAGUACAUCACUGGGGCCAAGCUUCCUGCCAUCCAGGACCUAUAUACUAGGCGGUGUAAGAGGAAGGCACAAAAAAAUUGUCCAAGACUCCAGUCACCCAAGUCAUAGACUGUUCUCUCUGCUACCGCACGGCAAGCGGUACCGGAGCACCAAGUCUAAGACCAAAAGGCUCCUUAACAGCUUCUACACCCAAGCCAUAAGACUGCUGAACAAUUAAUCAAAUGGCCACCCGGACUAUUUACAUUGACCCCCCCCCCCCUCCCAUCUAUGCAUAGUCACUUUACCCCUACCUACAUGUACAAAUUACCUCAACUAACCUGUACCCCCGCACAUUGACUCAGUACCGGUACCCCCUGUAUAUAGCCUCGUUAUUGUUAUUUUGUGUUACAUUGUAUUUUUAAAAAUGUUGUUUUACUUUAGUUUAUUUAGUAAAUAUUUUCUUAACUCGUACUUGAACUGCAUUGUUGGGCUUGUAAGUAAAUAUUUCAUGGUAAUGUCUACACCUGUUGUAUUCGGCGCAUGUGACAUUUUUUGUUUUUGAUUUGAUGUAACCAUAGUAGAAAGUGUAGUAGCCUAUGUGGUUUUUCUGAAGCUUAGACUGGAGAUCAUAUUUCUGACAAUGUUAUGAGACACAAUCUUUCACAUCAUGCACGUGUCUCCUAUCAAAUAGCCUAAAUGGCACCCUAUCAAAAAGAAAAAGCACUUCGAUUUGAAUAUGACUUAACAUGUUAACAAACACCAUAUCCUAAAAACAGGACAGGUUAAAAUAAAAUGGACAAUAUAGAAUGAAAUUAAGCUACUCACGACUUCUGUCCUGGAAUUUCACUCCGUGGGCUAAAUUGUCAUGAACCACUGAUUUCAACUGUAGGCCUAUUCAUACAUUUUUGACGAGCUGAUCAUAGCGAAGAAGAAAAUACUUCUGCAUUUCCCGCUGUGUAAACACAUUGAUUCUCAUUGCAAAUAGACUCAGAAUAACUCCUGAUAAACCUGGGUAGCUGAUAUGCAGAUAUUAAAUAGCCAAAAUAAUUAGGCCUAGUCUUAAGCCAUGGUCAUGAAUCAGACGGUACGACAUGGAUGGGCAUUCAUACAAUUGCAUUACAGGCUGACACUGUAGGCUACACUAUUCUAGUUUUGUGGGGAUAGGAGGAGGGUGGCAGAACGGCCAGGACCCGGGGCUGACUAUUAUGUUUAUGUUAUGUCCUAUUUAUUGAAAAUACCUUUUCCCCGUAGUCUGGUCUCCUCCAGAGGUUUCAAAGCACCUUAGUGGUGGCAGAACACAACAAUGACAAGCUGACCCCCAUUACUCUGAAUGCUAUCACUGCAGCCAAGAAACUGGGAGGAGAUGUGUCCUGUUUGGUUGCUGGAACAGACUGUACAAAGGUCAGUUAAAAUCAUGGGUUUGAUCAUCAGACAAAUAACCUGUUGAAAAUGGAUGUCCAGACCUACCCUGUUAGUUUUUUUUUCUUCAAGGGAUUGAUUUGCUGUAUAUUUAUAAUAUUUUCAGGUUGCACAGGAAAUCAGCAAAGUCCUGGGUGUGAAGACAGUUUUGAUUGCUCAAAAUGAUGCUUACAAAGGCUCUCUGCCAGGUAUGUAUAUCCACAGUGUGAAGCAGAUGCAGCAAACAGAUUCACUGAAGCUGUAAAUGAGUUGGAAGAAGUUUUACUUCUACAGUGUCUUACUUGAAAUAUAAAGUUAGUAUGUUACAUUUGAGGGUUAUUUUCGGUCAAUUUGCAUGUAGUGUUAACUGCAACUUGCAUGUCUUUCCACAGAGGCGUUGACUCCACUUAUCCUGGCAACCCAGAAGCAGUUCAACUUCACCCAUAUCUGUGCUGGGGCAUCUGCCUUUGGGAAAGUAAGAUUAUAACACCCUUAUAUUCAUAAUUCAGUGAGGUCAUUUGUCACUCCUCAGCAAAGGUGUCUGCCUGCAGAUGAUUUCAUACAAUGGAUUUGGUUUCAUAAGGCUAGUGUAAAAAAACAUAGCUGUUAUCAGUAUGCUGUAUUUUUCAUUCAUGGUUUCUGGAAGUUAUUUGUAGGGCAUCUUUGGCUGAUCGUUACAGAUUGCCUUAUAUCCCUGCUUAUUUACCAUCCUGUCUUUUGUAGAACCUGCUCCCCAGACUGGCUGCCAAGUUGGAUGUUGCUCCUAUUUCAGACAUCAUUGAGAUCAAAUCCCCUGACACCUUUGUCAGAACCAUCUAUGCUGGUAACUAGCUUUUUGUGAACGUGUUAUGAGAAGAUACAGUACAUUUGAACUUUUGUACGUAUUGUUUCCCCCCCAAGCCAACCUAAGAUGGCGUUCAGAUUUCUUGAGCACAUUAUAUAUCACCAAUGCAGUUUAGACUGCUUUAGACAUUUUUUGGUACUCUAUGUGGAUCUUGUUUGAAAUUAUCAUGGGAAAUCAUUUGGAUGUGGGACUGCUCUUACGAAUUUCACCAGUAACGCACCAAUUCUCCAUGUACACAAUACUUACAUGUACCAUAGGGAACCGGUUUGUUUGUAAAUCUAUAGCUAAAUCAGCCUUUUGGCAAUACCAGCUAUGAUUAGAUCCCAAAAGCCUAAUUUCUCAAUUGCACUAAUGGGCUAUGAAUAAAUCAACCUUUGCUGUUUGUCAUGUCCAAAUAGGUGUACCUUGAGCCCAGAAGAUUUAUUCCAAAUUAGACUAUCUGUGUGAAAUAAAUUCUCUAUUUUAAUUCCCAGUUGUCAUCAAAAGAGUUGCAUUCGGUAGAGUUACAAAACAUCACUGUUGUUUGUCUCAUUCACAGGAAAUGCUCUCAGCACUGUCAAGUCUAAUGAAAAUGUCAAGGUUUUCACUGUCAGAGGGACAUCCUUUGAGCCCGCUGAGGUGGAGGGAGGCAGUGCUACAUCAGAGGAAGGUAGCUACAGUACUAACCAUGUACUGAUACACACCUGAAAAGCACACAUACAAAAGCCAUUGUUCUUGUUUAUCAUUCAAAAAUCAAUUGUUUAAUUUCCUGGCUGGAUAACAUAUUUGUCAGGGUAUAGUUAAAAGUAAGAAGACAUGAGACAGUUUGUCCUUGAGAUGCAGUUUUGUUAUUUAAUAUGAUCCUCUGAUGUUUCCUCACAUUGUUGUUUGUUUAUUUCAGUUGCUGCGUCCGCUCCCGCUGGGAUGUCUGAGUGGCUGGAAGCGUCCUUGACCAAGAGUGACCGUCCAGAGCUGACCAGUGCUAAGGUUGUGGUGUCCGGAGGUGAGAGCCACCUUACUUCAUACUAUUUGCCUUUACUUGACAAAUUAAUUGAUGUGUAUGCCAAAUGUUUAAAGAAAUCACUAUUGUCUUGCCCUUCUUUUAGGAAGGGGCCUGAAGAGUGGAGACAACUUCAAGCUGCUGUAUGACCUUGCUGACAAAAUGAAUGCCGCAGGUAAGUGUGUGAUUAGAAUGAGUCUUUGAAUGUUGACCAAAAAAAUUACGUUCUGUAUUUGUAUAAGUAGCUAGGUUUUCAUCCAAUUGGCGACAGAUUUUCAUGCAAAUACUCUAGAAUCCACCAAAUUGACUUUUUGUGGAUAGAAAUCAGUGUGUGAUGACGUAGUGCACACAAAAUUCACUUUUUCGCUUACGUUUUCAUGUACCGCAUAAAAAUCUGAAGUUUAAUAUGUUUCUAACACAUUUUCAAUUCUACAGAUAGUUUUGUCACAAAAACGGUUGCGUUAAAUAGCAAAUGUGCCUACUCUGGUCUUGGCCCGUGCGCUCUAGCCAACAGCUAGCAGAUACAGUGCGGGUAGGCUGUGCGGGUAUAGUCUACAUGAUGAGAUUAUUAUGGAUAACAGCAAGAAUACAGUGGGGAAAAAAAGUAUUUAGUCAGCCACCAAUUGUGCAAGUUCUCCCACUUAAAAAGAUGAGAGAGGCCUGUAAUUUUCAUCAUAGGUACACGUCAACUAUGACAGACAAAAGGAGAAAAAGAAAUCCAGAAAAUCACAUUGUAGGAUUUUUAAUGGAUUUAUUUGCAAAUUAUGGUGGAAAAUAAGUAUUUGGUCACCUACAAACAAGCAAGAUUUCUGGCUCUCACAGACCUGUAACUUCUUCUUUAAGAGACUCCUCUGUCCUCCACUCGUUACCUGUAUUAAUGGCACCUGUUUGAACUUGUUAUCAGUAUAAAAGACACCUGUCCACAACCUCAAACAGUCACACUCCAAACUCCACUAUGGCCAAGACCAAAGAGCUGUCAAAGGACACCAGAAACAAAAUUGUAGACCUGCACCAGGCUGGGAAGACUGAAUCUGCAAUAGGUAAGCAGCUUGGUUUGAAGAAAUCAACUGUGGGAGCAAUUAUUAGGAAAUGGAAGACAAACAAGACCACUGAUAAUCUCCCUCGAUCUGGGGCUCCACGCAAGAUCUCACCCCGUGGGGUCAAAAUGAUCACAAGAAUGGUGAGCAAAAAUCCCAGAACCACACGGGGGGACCUAGUGAAUGACCUGCAGAGAGCUGGGACCAAAGUAACAAAGCCUACCAUCAGUAACAUACUACGCCGCCAGGGACUCAAAUCCUGCAGUGCCAGACGUGUUCCCCUGCUUAAGCCAGUACAUGUCCAGGCCCGUCUGAAGUUUGCUAGAGUGCAUUUGGAUGAUCCAGAAGAGGAUUGGGAGAAUGUCAUAUGGUCAGAUGAAACCAAAAUAGAACUUUUUGGUAAAAACUCAACUCGUCGUGUUUGGAGGACAAAGAAUGCUGAGUUGCAUCCAAAGAACACCAUACCUACUGUGAAGCAUGGGGGUGGAAACAUCAUGCUUUGGGGCUGUUUUUCUGCAAAGGGACCAGGACGACUGAUCUGUGUAAAGGAAAGAAUGAAUGGGGCCAUGUAUCGUGAGAUUUUGAGUGAAAACCUCCUUCCAUCAGCAAGGGCAUUGAAGAUGAAACGUGGCUGGGUCUUUCAGCAUGACAAUGAUCCCAAACACACCGCCCGGACAACGAAGGAGUGGCUUCGUAAGAAGCAUUUCAAGGUCCUGGAGUGGCCUAGCCAGUCUCCAGAUCUCAACCCCAAAGAAAAUCUUUGGAGGGAGUUGAAAGUCCGUGUUGCCCAGCGACAGCCCCAAAACAUCACUGCUCUAGAGGAGAUCUGCAUGGAGGAAUGGGCAAAAUACCAGCAACAGUGUGUGAAAACCUUGUGAAGACUUACAGAAAACGUUUGACCUGUGUCAUUGCCAACAAAGGGUAUAUAACAAAGUAUUGAGAAACUUUUGUUAUUGACCAAAUAGUUAUUUUCCACCAUAAUUUGCAAAUAAAUUCAUAAAAAAUCCUACAAUGUGAUUUUCUGGAAUUUUUUUUCUCAUUUUGUCUGUCAUAGUUGCCGUGUACCUAUGAUGAAAAUUACAGGCCUCUCUCAUCUUUUUAAGUGGGAGAACUUGCACAAUUGGUGGCUGACUAAAUACUUUUUUCCCCCACUGGAUAUCAAUAUUUGCGCAAAAGGCACCGCCAUUUCUCGCAUAAUACAUUUUACAGACACAAAAAGAUCCCACCAUGUCAAACGAACAAAUGAUCUGUCUGCAUUUAUACAAUUGUGCUGAAUCUUCCUGUUUCCAUCAUAGUUGUCGUGAAUUAUUUUUUUUAUACGGUAUAACUUUAAAAUAUUGGUGAAAUAAUUUGAUUGACAGCAGUAAAGUAGGUUUCAAUUGAUUCUCCCCACAGUUGGUGCUUCCAGAGCUGCUGUGGAUGCUGGAUAUGUCCCCAAUGACAUGCAGGUUGGACAGACUGGCAAGAUUGUGGCCCCUGUAAGUGACAAACUCUGAAUAAUUUAACAUUCAUCCUAUUCUUUGAUAGGCAAUGUUGUGCUCACAAUGGUGUCAUCUGUAAUAAUAUUGCACAAUUAUUCAAGAUAAACCUUUUGUAGAAACAUGUGUGUAUACUUACAAAGAAAUAGUUCUGAAAAUGUGAAGAUAUAUUUUCUGCGGAGUUACCCACCCAGUAUUGACUAUUGUGCAAGUUGCCCGCAGCUUGACAAAGGCCUGUGACUUUAGAUGCAAACACAAUUCCUGGAAUUUAAUGUUCUAAAGAUGGAUCCCUUUGCCCUUUUAAAAAGGUUAAAUUCCCAUUAUCCGAUUCAAAUGGGAUAUCCCAGCUGUGAUUAUCCACACAUUUGAAAUGUAGUUAAUGGCACAUUUAUGCUCCUAAAUGAUUUAGCUGAUCCAUUAGAGAGCAGAGGACAGCACAGCACAGUGCAGUGGGUAUCUGCUCAGAGCCACAGACCAGGCCAUUCUGCCCAAAUUGGAUUUUGCUAAUGUUUUGAGAAGCUUGUCAAAUGUGGGCUAAAAGCUGAAAUCCGCGUAAGGGCCAAUGUUCGUUCCAGCACAUUUAUUGUUUUUGUUUAGUUUAUGAAACGGAGGAGAGGAGCAUCCAGCAUCAUGGUAAACAUUUUUUGCAGUACAUACUUAGUGCUGUUCUAUCGCUUAUGCAAUGAUGUCUGAGGGAUCGUUGUUUGAAAUAACUUCAUUGUUGUUGUAAUAUCGCAAACGGACGUGGCAGUUUCACCAUUACGGAUUCCAGCUUUAAUGUAUUCAAUAACAUUUGAAUGGCAGUAUUUUUAUCCUCUUCAUAUUUGUCAGUCAGUUGUUCAUAGUCCUCAUGCAAACCAUUCAGAGGAUUCAAGUAUUAGAUGUUCAUUUUUGAUCGCUACCUUCAGGCAUUGUUAGGACAGAAGAACCAUGCAUGUCAUAUCAGUGUGACUGACUGUCUGACAUCUUUUUUAUUUGACAAAUGUCCCCUUGAAUAGCACAAAACUGUGUUCCUUCUUGUUAUGUGUAUUUGAAUGAACCGCUUUUGACAGAAUGAAUAUUUAGCGAAUCAACUAUUUGCAGGCUUUAAAUAGUAGUUCUAUCCAGUAUUGAACUGCUCCAGUUAUAGUUUUGCUGAAAUUAACUUAAUGAAAUUUGAAAGAAUCUCACAUCACAGAUGUCAGCAUGUAUUUCACAGUUUAGCUUUUGCAUAUUUAUGUAUAUCAAAGGAUCGUCACAUUAGCAUUCAGUAGCCUAAACUCUUUAUAAGACUGUCUUCACCCUACUGUCCUGACGUUUACAGACAGUGUGCCAUUGUAUUGUUUAUGUAAUCUAAGCUGUGGGUGUCAUGCCUGAGCAACGUUUCAGGCGAGUACCACAUUCGGGGAACAGCUUGGCAACGGAGCAGCCAGGUUGUCAUGUUGCGGUCUUUUGUUGUUUUUAUCGGAUAACAAUAGCAUCACCACACUUGAACGACUAGCUAGCAAUACAAUCAUGUUGCAUGCAGGGAGUUGCUUUCACACCUGAGGGAAAGCUGGGUGUGAAAUAGUAGGCUGAAACAGCGCUUAAUGCUAUUUUAGCAACACAACAGCAGGUGGCCCUGUCUGGCCUUCUAAUUGAACAUACAAAGCUGCUAAAAGAGCAUAAAGAGAAGAACUCUGAGAAGAUUCUCCAAAUAGGCUAGACAUUGGACUCUUGCUAGUACCUUCUUGUUUUAGUUUUUUUAUUUUCGUCUUUUUGUAUGUACUCUGAUCUUUCCAUACAGUGAUACUUGAGAACUACAACAUACACCAUGUUUUGUGGUCAUUUUAUCUCUGCAAGGACAGUACACUUGCUGGACAGGACAGUGCCUCUCAUUGUGAAAUAUCGGUCCUCACUUCUAGUCGUUGGCAGACUAGAACAUCAUAAAUUGAUGUUCUGCUCCUCUGAGACUACUCCAAUAACAUUAAGUAGCACUGAAAUAUUCAUAUGGCAGUGCAUUAAGCUGAAAGCCUCUGAUGUGUUUUUCCCAUAGGUGAGGUGGAUGCUUGGAGGGUCCUACACUCUGCUACACCACCCCCCAGCACUCUCCCUCUGAGAGAUUACACAGCCUUGGUCAGGGUCAGCACUAGAACAACCCCAUACUCUAAGGAAACCCAGAACUGUCCUGCAAUCAGCUGCAUCUGUACUAGGGUGCCAAUGACGGCCUUAGUGGUGUUAUGAUGGUUUUCUGGAGAUUGAUGGAAAAAAAGUUAUUCAAUAAAUAUUGUAGGCCCACAUAUUAUACUACCGGUAUUGAGUCAGUUGCAGCAUUCCUGCAAUAAGGUGUCUUACCUGUGUUCAGCAGCCUGAAACAACUGGGACUACAUAGAUGUGGCUGUGCACCAAGCGCUUGUAUUAUGCUGAUACAGCUUGUUUGUCAUCUUGUUCUCUCUGCAGGAAUUGUACAUCGCUGUUGGUAUCUCUGGAGCUAUUCAGCAUCUGGCUGGGAUGAAGGACAGCAAGGUACAGUACAGUUAGCAUUCUUGCUUGUUUCUUCCCUGUCCCUUUAUACCAGAAUGUUCUAUCAUGUAUACAGAAUAGGCAUGCAGCAUUAUUAUGAAACACAUUUUCCUUUGCUCUACAGACUAUUGUUGCCAUCAACAAGGACCCAGAGGCUCCCAUCUUCCAGGUGGCUGACUAUGGUCUGGUGGCUGAUCUGUUCAAGGUGAGAUAGCAGGCCGACUGUGUUGGAGGAAUAUUCACCCAUGAGGAAACAUUACCAAACACUCUUGCCAUGAAUAGCUGAUCAGCAAGACACCGGCAUUUCAAUAACCAAGACAUGACAACUGUGACAGUCGGAAUAUUACAUUCACCAUUUCCCUGAUCAAUGUUGCAAGAACCAUUAUUAUUCCACCUAAUGGAAAUGUGUUGAAUUAUUGAGGUGCUGAAUUAAUCAGAGGUGAGUUGUGGUCUGAGCUUGCUGCUGUGUAGAGAUACAACAGCGUUCCUUCAAACCAUAAGUUCUCCGGUUUUAUUUUCUCUUCCCUAGUGCCAGGACUUUACAUGCUUAGCUGCCUUCUAGUGUCUGGCUGGCACAUGUGUGCCAGAGGGUUGGCACACUCUUGAACAAGAGGGCCUGUGCUUUCAGUGAAAGUGUAGUAGCAUUUAUUUUAAUGUGUGUGUCCUGUUGUUCAUCUUUUCUUUACUAUGGCGGUGGUGGUGCGUGAGAGGCCCAGGUGUUCUGGGUAAACUCUGUAAAAGUGAUUGGUAAUAAUAGCUUGUGGCAGCAGAGUUGAUCACUCCUCAGAUAACUGAUUAAAAUAUAUGGGCUUUCUCCUCUUCCUUCAAUUGAAAACUGAUCUGUGGGACACAUUAGACUCGUGUGCUACUGAUAUAGUUUGUCAGUAUGUCAUUCAUCAGACAACCCUGCUCAUGUCCCUUAAAUCAGUUACUCUCAGAUUUGAAUUGGUUUGAAUGAAUUGAUCUUAAAUGGUGUCACCCCAAACCGUGAGACUAAACACUUACAUUUAUCUAAAAGCUCAACCUUCCAUUUCCAUGUUGCAAGCACACACCAUGUCCAUUGUGUCAACCUUGCUAGAUAUGCCCGGUUAGGGGGUGCAACCAUCUUAAGCUACUGUUUUGUCUUUGUCUCACUAGGCUGUCCCUGAGAUGACUGCAGCGUUGAGCAAGUGAGCCAACAUUCAGCUAAGCAGCCAUCCCAUCACUACCUGGGUACCAAGACCACACAGUUACAACUCUCCUACAAUCUCUGCCUUAAACUGUUUCUGGAGCUAGUCUUCUGGGAACACUAAUAAUGUUAUCAUCCUUCUUCCUAAAUGGAAACAGAACAACACUCUCAGUUUAUAAACCGGACUUCUGUUUUUAUGUACGUAGGUAUGAUAUGCCACCAGUAACGUUUGGCUUACCUGAUGUAGGUGAUAUUUUUUUCUCCCUAUUAGUGCAUAUUUUGUAACGUGUAUUUAACGUAGCGUCACAAUAAAGGUAAUCUUCGGGAAGUCUAAACCUUCCUCCUCACUAAUUCACUUUUAUUCAUGUGUAGCUCACCAAAGGCUCUUGGUAUCAAUGAUAAAACUGACUGUAAAUGACUGUUAUUUUACCAUGUUUGCCUUUUAAUUGCUUUUACUCUGCACUGAAUUCCCUUCAUGAUCAAUUUACAAAAUGCCUGUUGACAUUCAAGUGCGCAGGAUUAGUUUGCCAUGUCUAAAAGCAGAUAUUUUUAAAGGUUCAUGCUAUAAUACUUUUUCUUCUGACCAACACUUUACACAUCUUCAAUUACAAACCCCUCGAGAUUUGGUAGCUGAAACGUCCCUCAGUCGCUCACGUGUCUGGCUUAAAAAUAUUUUGUAAUAUAAUUUGAAUACAAACUUUAGCAUAGAUAAUGUAGAAAGACAAAGGUAAGAAAUAAGCUGAGCUCAACACAUUAGAACACAGAUCAAAUGUACCCUGCAGUAGUCCGAUCAGAGAGGACUGUACUUAAUGUUGGGGUCUGGAGACUCCAGGUUGACUUUCAGUAUGGUUUGUUUGUAAAAUAUCUGUUUAGUGUGGCUCAUACAUCAUAAUAUGAUUGCCAAUUAGUAGUUGUCUUGUGAUCAGUCUA